GGGGUUGCUAGGACUAUUUUGGUAGAAUUGCCACCCCACCAGCCCCGACAACCCACCCUCACCUCUAGCUCCCAAGCUUCGCGAGAGACCUCGAACCCCCCAGCACCACCCAAUCCAGAACCAUGAGCUCUUCCACCAACAUGCGCCUGAAGUUGCCCCUCAUUUGCCUCCUGCUCCAGUUCCUGCUGAUCAUCCUCUUCGCCGUUUUCGUCCGCUACGACGGGGACACCGACGCCAGCGAGUGGUCCGGGCGGAAGGCGCAGGAGAACACCACCGACGCCGACAAUGAGUUCUACUUUAGGUAUCCCAGUUUCCAGGAUGUUCAUGUGAUGAUUUUUGUCGGAUUCGGGUUCCUCAUGACCUUCCUGAAGAAAUACGGCUACAGCAGCGUCGGCUUCAACUUUGUCCUGGCGGCUUUCUCCCUGCAGUGGGCGACACUGGUCCAAGGGUGGCUACAUGGCAUGAAGGAGGACGGCAAGAUCCACAUUGGCAUUGAGAGCAUGAUCAACGCCGACUUCUGCACUGGCUCCGUCCUGAUCUCCUUCGGAGCUCUGCUGGGGAAGACCAGCCCCAUCCAGUUACUGAUCAUGACUGUGUUUGAAUCCGCACUCUUCUCCAUCAACGAGUUCAUCCUCCUCUCGCUGUUAGAGAUCAAAGAUGCUGGUGGAUCGAUGACCAUCCACACAUUCGGGGCUUACUUUGGACUGACCAUUGCCCGUAUCCUCUAUCGGGCACACUUGGAUAAGAGUCGAGAUCGCGAGGGUUCAGUGUAUCACUCUGACCUGUUUGCCAUGAUUGGUGCCAUCUACCUCUGGAUGUUCUGGCCUAGCUUCAACUCUGCAGUGACCACACUGGGCAGUGCCCAGCACCGAACCGCUCUCAACACCUACUACUCCCUGGCCGCCUGCACUCUCGCCACCUUCGCCGUUUCCAGCGUCGUCAACGAGGAGGGCAAGCUGGACAUGGUGCACAUCCAGAACGCGGCCCUGGCCGGAGGCGUGGCCCUGGGCACAGCCGGCGAAAUGAUGAUCACGCCCUACGGCUCCAUGAUCGUGGGGCUUAUCGCCGGCAUCAUCUCCACGCUCGGCUUCAAGUUCUUGACGCCAAUUUUGGACUCCAAGUUGAAAAUCCAGGACACAUGUGGCGUGCACAACCUGCACGGGUUGCCAGGAAUCCUGGGGGCUGUGGUGGGAGCCAUAUUGGCCUCUCUGGCAUCAAAGGAGACCUACGGAGAAGGUCUUGAGGAUGUAUUCCCAUUGCUGGAGAGUGAGAGGUCAGCGAAGCAGCAAGGAUUGUACCAGGCUCUCGGACUGGCUGUCACCUUAGGUUUCGCUCUCAUUGGAGGAACCAUUGUAGGAUUCAUCAUGAAGCUGCCAAUCUGGGGAGCUCCAGCUGAUACUCAGUGCUUCACAGACCAACCGUACUGGGAGCUUCCGGAAGAUGAAUGGGGUCACGGCGAGAUGGUGCCCAUGAAGAUUGAGGAAGCUGAGAAACAUAUGUAGAGAGGCCCUGUGAGGACAUGGUGCCUCACACGAGGGGUCAAUUUGAGACUCCACCUGCAAUAAUCACCACAAAAAAGACACCUAAAAUAAUAUUUUCGUGUUUGUUUGUUACAUGUUAUCCAGUAGCUUUUUUAUAUACACAAAAAAAAAGAGAUGUAUUGACCCUGAGCCCUUUGCCUGGCCUCGUGUACUUGUGGCCUUGUGUUUUAAUCUUUUAAUAAAUCAAAUUUACUUUG